UCUUUGCUCCAGAUGGUACUGAGUACGGAGCAUACUUGUAUGAGUCGAUUUCAAACAUUCGCCAAUAGGGUGGGUAGGCAGCUGUGGUUGAAAAAAUAAAGAAGAAGAAUAGUUAAUAACCCCCAAAAAAUAGAGGUUAAUGUUUUUGAAAAUUUUUUUGGGAUGAAAUUAAAUAAUAUUUUAAUAUGGAAAAAUACACACCUAUUUUACAGGAAUUAUUCAAACAGAAAUAUUCUGCGAUUAAAAGAACGUGGAAUGUUCCAAGAUAUAUUUCCUGACACAGCUGCGAAUUCUGUUACAGACUUGAUGAAUGCUAUGCCUCAAACAGUCUACGCUGGUUUUGAUCCAACUGCCGACAGUUUACAUGUAGGAAAUCUUUUAAUUUUGAUAAAUUUGUUACAUUGGCAGAGAAGUGGUCAUGAAACUAUAGCAUUGAUAGGUGGGGCGACUGCUAAGAUAGGGGAUCCUAGUGGUAGAAAUACUGAAAGAAAAGAAUUAGCUCAUGAUUAUAUUAGUACAAAUGUACAUGGUAUCCACAAAAAUAUUCAAACCAUAUUUGAAAAUCACAAACAGUAUUUGUGGACAGGCAAAAAUGAGCUUAAACCACUUAGAAUAGUAAAUAAUGAUGACUGGUAUAGUAAAAUAUCAGCCAUUGAACUUAUAGGUAAGGUAGGAAGGCAUUUAAGAAUGGGAACAUUACUCUCAAGACAUAGUGUACAGUCUAGGUUAAACUCUACAUAUGGAAUGAGUUUUACAGAAUUUAGUUAUCAACUUUUUCAAGCAUAUGAUUGGUUGCAUCUAUUUAAACAUUACCAAUGUGCAUUUCAAAUAGGUGGUAAUGACCAAAUGGGCAAUAUUAUGUCUGGCCAUGAAUUAAUUAGUAAAACAUUGGAUAAACCAGUAUAUGGUCUAACAAUUCCAUUAGUAACAACUGAAAUUGGGGAUAAAUUUGGAAAAUCAGCUGGAAAUGCUGUUUGGUUAUCUCCAGAAAAAACCUCAGCAUUUACUCUAUAUCAGUUUUGGAUGAGGCAAGCUGAUUCAGAAGUAGAGAAAUAUCUAAGGCUUUUUACAUUUGAUUCAGUAAACUAUAUUGCUGAUCUCAUGCGAAAGCAUAAAGAAAAACCAGAAUUAAGACUAGCUCAAAAGAGACUAGCUGAACAAGUAACACUUCUGGUUCAUGGGGAAGAGGGUCUUAGAAGGGCUCAAAAUGUUACAGAUGUUCUUUAUAAAGGAAAUCUUAAAACAUUAAGUGAACUGGAACCCGCUGAUAUUGUUCAAAUAUUUGAAGGAGCAACCUUGGUUGAAAUUUUACCACAGGCAGGGCAGACUAUUUUAGAAUUAUCAAUGAAGAUUGGUGGUUUUAGCAGAGUUGAAGACGCAGUGAGAAUCAUUUCGGCAGGAGGAUUUUAUGUAAAUCAGCAAAAAGUACAAAAUCCAAAUGAAGUAGUAAACGCUAAUGCACAUAUAUUAAAAAACAAUACAUCUGUUAUAAGAGUGGGCAAAAAAAGUUAUUAUAUUGUUAAAUGGCUGGUUUAAUAUUUAUUGUGAUAAUAAAAAAGUAAAUCCUUAAA